AUGGCUCAGACGAGUUCAUUUUCUGACGUUCCAAACAAAAGGUUGGACGAGGAGCUCGAAGAACUUGACAACCAUUUGAUGAGCGAAACGCUGAAGAGCAUGAAAUAUGCAUCAGGGACGAAGUUCACGUUUCUCAAUGACAUUGCUUUUCAACGCGAAUGUCUCGAAUGCCACAACAUGAUCAGAGAAAGACAUGGUUGUCCUCCGUUGAACUGGUGUCAGAGUCUUGCAUCUGAAGCCGAGUUGUGGGCUCAGGAAAUACUCAGGAAAGGACGUCUACUCUACAGAGAUCGAAACGGUUUUGGAGAAAAUCUGCUUCUAGCCGAUGUCGAAGAUGCCUCUCGACUUCCAAGUGGCAGCGCCGUGACUAAGUUUUGGUCAGACGAGAUGGUACAUUAUAACUACGAUAAACCCGGAUGGUCUGAAAAAUGCCAGAAUUUCACGCAAAUGAUAUGGAAAGGCAGCAAAGAAUUCGGUGUUUCAAGAUUGAGUUCGUUUAAAACCAGGAAAGUGGUUGUAGUGGCUUUCUACCAUCCGGCUGGAAACCUGAACGAAAAAAAUGACUAUAGAAUAAACGUACCUCCACCACUCAACUAA